AUGUCAUUCAUCAAGACCAAGCACCACAAGCCAUACCCGGCAAUCCUUCCAUCGAGGCCGGAACUUUCCCAGCGCGACCAGACUGUCCUCAUCACCGGAGGUGGCUCAGGAAUAGGCUAUGCCAUCUCCAAAGCAUUCGCACAAGCGGGCGCAGCCACCAUCGUCAUCGUUGGCCGUCGCCUAGACGUGUUGAGAGAUGCCACGGUGAAAUUGAAGCAGGACGUACCCGAGUUCGCUGGUCGUGUGCUGGGUCUCAAGUGCAACGUGUCGGACUUGCAGAGCACAGCGGACCUCUGGGAUGCACUACAGAGCGAAAACAUUGUCGUCGAUGUCCUUGUCUUGAAUGCCGCCGACUCGCGAAGCAGCGGUCCUCUCCAUCAGAUCGACCUGCAGCAAAUCUGGGCCGAGUUCAAUGCCAAUGUCCGUGGCCCGAUUGACAUUGCGCAGAGAUUUCUCAAGCAGAACGAUGCAAUGCCGAACGGGCACAAGAAGACUAUUGUCAACAUCUCCACCUUGUGUAUCUAUGACUUUGCAACUCCAGGCACGAAACCCAACUACAACUUAAUGAAGAAUGCUGGUACAUUGGCAAUGCAACAGAUUGCGAGGGACGUGCCAGGCGAGAAGACUCAGAUCGUCAGCUUUCAUCCAGGAGGUGUGUUCACUGAGGCGUCAAAGGCUGCUGGAUUCACGGUGGACAUGUGGGACUGGGACGACGAAAUGCUUCCAGGAUCAUUCGCAGUCUGGGCUGCGUCUGCCGAAGCUAGUUUCUUGCACGGGCGGUAUGUCGAAGCCAAUUGGGAUGUUGAAGAGAUGAGUCGAGGUGACGUGCGCACGAAGGUGGAACAAGACCAGUAUUUCCUCCAGAUCGGAGUGAAUGGGUUGGUGGGAACUAGGACUGCCUAG